UGGAGCUAUCUUGAUAGUAGCGAGACGAAUUGAAAUUGGAUCGAAAUGCCAAAUAGUUAUUAAUUACAAAAAAUUCAUCCGAAUAAUAAUAUACGCUAUAGAAAUGACAUCUGAACUUGAAAUUAUCGCAAAUAAUGUUUCAUAUAAACUCAAAAUUAAAGAUUCAAAAAAUGUUGGCAAGCUACUUACUAUACACAAUCAUAAGAGCCCGGAAUAUAAAGAUAUAUAUACUUUUGAUAAUAUUAUUCUUAAGAAUGAAUCAUUCUUUAAAAUUUUACGAUACUCUUUAAAUAUCGCAAUUGCUUUAUUUUAUGAAAAACCUGGAAUUACACGAUCAAUUCUCUCUUGGACUAUUAGAAUAACAAGAAAAUCUGAAUGUGAAGAGACAAAAGAGUUAUAUUAUUAUGCAUUAACAAUAUUCACGAAACUUAAUGUCAUAGAUAAAAGAAAAGCAGAUAAUAUUCAAUUUUUCCUAAAUGAUGAGCAACAAACAGAACUGCUAUAUGCAUCAUUAAUGAAUCGUAAUGAUAAAGCCGAAAUGCAUGAAGAUUUAAAUAAUGAUAGAAAAAUUCGUUAUGAAUCAGCAUGUGAAUUAAUGAAAAAAAUUGAAAGUGAGCUUCAAAUAUGUAUACACGAAAGACGAAAAUACACAGAAAGUACAUUCCGUGAACUCGAAAAAGGAAUUAUAAAUUGGUUGAUUCAACAAAGACAUGAUGCACAAAAAAAUUUGAUAGUCGCCGUUAUAGAAUCAUCUUUAAGUGUUGGCAAAAUUGUUAUUCAACCUGAAAAACUUAUAAAAUUAACUGAAGAUGCUGACAUGAAGGAAAAAAUUGACCAA